AUGCCGUCCGCCCUAUCUCCCGAAAUUGCGCCGCUACCAAAAUGGCAGCGGCCGGCAAAAACGACGCAUCAGCUACCAUGGGCAGACAUCAAAGUCAUUGACAUCGGGAAGUUUGACCAGCCGGGUGGCAAGGUACAGCUCGCCGAGGAACUCCGUCAGGCUGUCCACGAGACUGGCUUCUUCAGUCUUAUCAACACCGGUUUCACUCCCGAGGAAGUGCAACGACAAUAUGAUAUUGGCCAGGGCUUCUUUAACUUACCCGUAGAGGACAAGGCAAGGCCGGGAAACACAUGCGACUUCUCCCAGGGAAAUUAUUUCGGCUACAGACCGUCGCAUGACAAGAAGAUGCAAGGUACCGAGGUGUUGAACAACGUCGAGUCGGUGAACAUCGCCAAGUUUCUACCCAGAUACGCCAGUGAACCGUUUCAUCCCUUCUUCGAGCCUUACGGGAAGGAAAUUGAAGACUUUUCAAGGCGUUCGCUCGAGCUCGCGAGUAAAGUCUUCACCCUCUUCUCCAUCCUACUAGAGCUCCCGGAAGAUUACUUCUCAUCACGCCACGCCUACGAGCUGCCCAGCGAAGACCACCUCCGCUACAUGGGCUACCACCCACGAUCCCUCGCAGACGACCUCAAAGUCGCCAACACCUGGUCGCGCGCUCACACCGACUUCGGCUCCCUCACGCUCCUCUGGAGCCAGGACGUGGCGGGUCUCCAGAUCAAGACCUCGUCCGGCGAGUGGAAAUACGUUCCGCCCGUCGACAACGGCAUAGUGUGCAACGUCGGGGACACCCUCGACUUCUGGUCGGCGGGAUACCUCAAGUCGACGACACACAGGGUGGUGCGGCCGCCCGAGGACCAGGCGCACCUGUUCCGCCAGGGGCUGUUUUACUUCGUGAGACCCGGCGACGACGUCGACAUCAAGCCUGCCCCGUCGCCGUUGCUGAAGAGGCUUGGGCUGGUUAAGGAGGAUGCGGAGAAUGCUGAGAAGGUCACGGGGUUGCAGUACGUGAGAGAGCGCGUGAAGAACUAUCAUCACCACAACGAUUACGCGGAUAUGAAGGGCAAGAAGUUCAAGGUCGGGAAUCUUGAGAUCGAGGAUGAAGCGGAUUGA